AUGAACGAAAUUUUUGCUCAUGCUAAAAGUAUUCUUGUUGUUUGGGUUGAUGAUAUCAAUUCAGAAAAUUUACUACCUUUUCGAGAAGUAAUACAAACAAAAUCAAAACAAGCACAUAUUGCUUUUGAAAACGUACAAAUGUUGUUCGAAUCUCGACGUGCAGCAGCAUCAUUUGAUAUUAUUCUAUUUGAUUUAAUUAGUAAAACUGAUACACCAACGAAUAUCGAUUUAUUAAAUGAAUUUUUUCGUUUACUUCAUCCAAAUGGUUAUCUUAUAACACAUAUUGAACAUGCUAAACAAAUACAAGCUAUAGAUCAUUUUAAAAUGUGUGGAUUUAGCAGUUGUAAUCCAUUAGAUUCAAAUUCAUCAUUUUUAAUUGAAAAUAAAAAUGUGGAUGUUAAACGACGAGGUUCAUUAUGGCUAUGUCAAAAACCUGCAUUCGAUAUUGGUUAUUCAGUACCAUUACGGAGAACUGGUGUUCGUCUAAUAAGACAAGUAUCAACAACAGGUGGAGGAAAAAAAACAUGGACAGUUGAAGAUGAUGAUGAUGUUAUUGAUACUGAUGAUUUACUUGAUGACGAUGAUCGAGGGAAACCUGAUGUUAAAAACUAUGCUUGUGGUACAACAUCAGCUGAUGAUCGAAAAGCCUGCAAAAAUUGUACUUGUGGUUUAGCACAAGUACUUGAACAAGAAGAGCAAACACAAGCACAGGAAAAUGUCAAAUCUUCUUGUGGAAAUUGUUAUUUGGGUGAUGCUUUUCGAUGUGCUGGUUGUCCUGCACGUGGUUUACCUCCAUUUAAACCCGGUGAACGUAUUACUAUGCCAACAGUAUCCGAUGUUUGA